AUGGAUACCGCACUUUCCGUGGCAGUGGAGAAUUUCUUGAGUAGAGUAUCCCAUUCACACCCGCUUAAUCCGAAGCUAUCUGGAAUGUUCUCAGCAAACCGUCAGCUAAGGAUGCAUGUGAAGGACCUGAUACAACAAAAUGACCAAGCUGGCAUUAGACCGAGUAAGACAUACCAGGCACUAGCCAAUGCCGUCGGUGGCCCUGCCAAUCUCACCUUUACAGAGAAGGAUGUUAGAAAUUACAUUAGUCGUCACUUACGCAUUUCCGGGGAUGAGACAGAUCCAAAAGAGUUACUUAAGCACUUCUCACGGAUGAAGGAGCUCAAUCCGAACUUUUUCUUUGAAAUAGAUAUGGACGAAAACCAUAGCAUUAGAAAUGUAUUUUGGGCCGAUGCUUGGUGUAGAGCUGCAUGGGAAUAUUUUGGUGAUGUUGUGACGGUUGACACUACUUACAAGACUAAUAGGUAUGACAUGCCAUUUGGGUCUUUCGUAGGUGUCAACCACCAUGGGAUGUUUACGCUUCUUGGAUGUUAUUUUAUAGUCAAUAUGGAUAUUGCACUUAUGGAUAUGUUUGCUGACCGACACAUGUGGGUGCCAGUAUUUUUCAAGGACGAAUUCUGGGCUGGCAUGAGGAGCACACAGCAUAGUGAGAGCAUACAUUCAGUUUUCGAUAAGUACUUAAACAGUAAGAGCUCUUUGUUGCAAUUUGUUCGCCAAUACCAAAACUGUGUUAUAGACAAGGAGCAAAAGGAGCUUGAGUGUGACGCUGCUGAUUUAAGGGGUAUUAUCCCUUGUGUUUCUAGCUCACCAAUAGAGAAGCGAUUCCAGAGAGAAUAUACAAACUCCAUGUUUCGAGACGUUCAGGAUCAAUUUAUCAAAAAGGCCGAUUGUGACAUCUCCUCAGUCAACCAUCAUGGCACAAGUAAAGUUUGUGAAGUUGACCAACAAAAGAUGGUGUUUGACAUUCUUGUUGUUCUCCUACAUUUUCGUGUGAUAGCAGUGUCCUCACAAUACAUUCUAUCCCGAUGGAGUAAGAAUGUUAGUCGGAGACACACAUACAUCAUGAGUAGCAUUGACAUGGACCGUUCUGAUGAAAGCAUGACCAUUUUUAGGGAAUUGUGUUCUGAUUUUUACAACGUUGCUCAGGAUUUCGUGGCUACUCCGGAGGUUGCUGCUAUAUUGCGUGAUGCCAUGGACAGUGCUCGGCAGAAGCUCAAAGAACACAAGGAAUCCGAGCAUCAAGCUGCACAUGAAGCAUUUUUGAAGGAUUCGAAGUUUAACAACACUACAAAUCAUAAGCAUUAG